CAGAUUUAGAAACAGAAAGUCCACCCCUCUUCAGUCUAAGUUGUAGUGAAUUAAUUUUCCUUCCUCAAGGAAAAAAUGUACUACAAUCAGAGUAAGUUACUUGCACCGGUUGGACCUGUUGGCACAGAACCAGAACUGCAUCCGGGCCGAGUAGUGUAGCAUGUAAGUGACCUUCAGCGCACUUUCAUCAGAAAGCUCUUCUUCUGCUUUUCCAUGCCACCCCAUCCCCUCUCGCUUCUCCCUCCCACCUCUGUCAUCUUGGAGAACAAGGGGGAAAGUCAUCAGGCGCAAAUGGGGAGGAGAGAGCUCGUGGUUGCUAUAGCCAUGAAAGUCAGGGCAGAGCUCCGAGCCGCUGAGAGAUAGUGAGAGGACACCAGUGGGGAGUAUCUGCACAGGGAAUACAAUACGUUUGUAGCUCAUUAAGUCAGCUUACUGUAAGAGAUGCUGGGAGUCACGGACGACAUCAGUAAAGCAUUUGAAAGAUCAAUACAUUUAAUGGGGUGGUGAAAGACCAUUAAGUGGACGCUGUAAAAUACACUUGAAGACACCAACAGUCAGCUUGAGUGCAGCUCUUGCCUGGCGCUAAUUUGAUGUGGAAAACUAGUGGUGUAUGAGAGACUGAGAACAAUGGGCAACGCCAUGCGAGGCAUCAUCGCCUUCAUUCCUUCGGAGCGAUGUCAUAGGUUUCUGGUGGGGGACCUGAAGGAGAUGCCCUUGGACCGAACUUUGGACCUGAGCUGCCAUCAGCUCCGUCGACUUCCUGUUACUGCCUGUGUCUUCGAUGAGCUGGUGAAGCUUUACCUGAGUGACAACAAUCUCAGCAGUUUACCGCCUGACCUGCAGGGCCUGAGGAAGCUGCAGCUCCUGGCUCUUGACUUUAACCGCUUCGAGGAGCUCCCUGCAGCUGUUUGCAGGUUGCCCGAACUCUGCAUCCUUUACCUGGGAAACAACAGACUGCAUCGUCUUCCCAGAGAACUGAGUGAGCUCAAAGAACUGAAUACUCUCUGGCUGGAGACUAACUGCUUUACUAACUUCCCUAAGGUGGUUUGUAAGCUCACAAAUCUUAAGACCCUACACUUCGGUUAUAACCAGAUAUGUAGUUUACCAAAAGACCUAAGCCAUCUUGAGGAACUACGUAGUAUCUGGCUUGCUGGGAACCUCCUGACAGAAUACCCGCCAGUGUUGCUCGAAAUGCCCUUUCUGGCUGUUGUUGAUGUGGACCGGAACAAAAUAAGGUACUUCCCGGGCCUUACUCACAUGCCGGGACUAAAACUUGUCAUCUACGAUCACAAUCCCUGUGUUAAUGCCCCGGCUGUGGGUGAGGGAGUCAGAAGGGUGGGGCGCUGGGCAGAUAGCUCAGACGAUGAGCAGGAAGGAGACAGCAAAAAAGCAGUGAAUGAGCAUACACAUACAGCUGAAGUGGCGGAGAGCUCUUCUGAGGACCUGCAAGAUAUAUGAAGUCAAGGAAAGAAGUGACUUUCAAAUGUGGCAGCCUGACUCUCACUUCAGUGGCAUCCUGAAGCAGGACAUCAGGCCGUGGGUAUUAUAUGGUAAAGCCAACUGCUUAAAUAUUGCCCAUAAAACUUUUAAGUAGUCCAACAAAAUGAGAAGAGCAAUGUGAAUGUCAGUAUUUCCUUUUCACUUUUAAAAUGUCAUAUGCCUUAAAAUGAUGACUUCUGACCGAAGCAAAACUAUAUCCUAUUAUUAAUCUUCUUCAAUGAACCAUGGAUGGUAAUUGCAAGGUGUUUAUUUCUUUUUUUCUUGAUACAAAACAAUUUUUUGCAGUAUUUUAUGAGAGUAUUUUAUACAUAUUUAUCACAUGUGUGCAAUGGUAAGAUUGUAUUUUUAAUUGCUAUGUUAGGUGGUGUGUUUGCAGUAUAAGAAUACACAAUUUUCCACUAAACUAUGCAGUUGUUGCUGUUCCAUCAUCUGGACAGACAAUAACACAAUUAGAGUGAAACGAUCUCAGCUCACUAUUUCCUGCUGUAGUGAGCUGCUAUAUAUAUAUAUAUAUAUAUAUAUAUAUAUAUAUAUAUAUAUAUAUAUAUAUAUAUACAUAUAUAUAUAAAGUUUAACUUCAGUUUCAGCACAGUCUGAAGUUGUAUUAGUACCUGCUGGAGCUAAAAACAGUUAGGCUUUUAAUACGUUUGAUGGAUGAACUAUGUCUCGGAGAGCACUCCAUGCAGACAAAUGCAUAAUUCAUCUGAUAGAUUGGGUCUGUGGCUUUGACUAAAGACCGCUAAUGGGCCUUUAUAUCAUCACCAUGAGUUUCUGGUUUGAAAGAGAUAAUAAAAACAGCUUAGUAGCUCCCCAGUGUGCCAGGAAAAUGUUUUCUAAACAUGAUUUUAAUUCAUUUGUGUUGUAUGCGAUUUGAGGCUCUUAUUUUUUUCUAACCCUUUUUAAGGAAAUGGAAAAAAAUAUAUAUCAAAAGAUAUGCAAAUGGGUUUUGUCCCUGGAAAAUUGAACUAAUUAAAACAUUGAACGGCUAAAUUUCCUGAUUUUAUUCUGCUUUGCAUUGAAAACAUCAUUACUUAUUAUGUGUACGUAUUUGGGUACUUUAUUAAAAAUGAUGUGAUA